GGGUUGAUUUCGGCCCACAGCUCACUUGCAGCAAUGCAGCCACCGGUGGUGAUGACGUGAGUUCGACGGCGGCCGAGACGAAAGCGAGGGCGUCUCUUCCGCCAAUUCAUUCAACACUCAUCCCAGGACUAAGCUUCCACUGGUUAGCUGCUCCGCAGGUCUCAUUCAACCGUGGCUGGCUUUCUCUAUGUCCCGAAUUCUGCUCCUAGUCCCUAUUUUGCUCCUUUCGAGUAAAGGAGUACUGCCUCUGGGCGGGAAGCUGUUCUUUACCCAUCCACGGUCAAAUUUGAUCAACAAGAGCUAUGCCUAUCUGACACUGUGUCAGCCAAGUGAGAAAAUCAUUCUGAACGUUUCGGUGGUGGUGAAUCCAUUUCAAGAAGGUCAAGUGAUUCAUUUUCAAAGAGCUGGUGUUCCAUUUGAGGUAAAUUCAUCGCUCCCUAAUGUGACGCACCUUACUGUAGCCGCAGCACCAUGGCCCAUUCCCCUGAAUCUCAAGCAGAUUACACUUCGUCUUGGGAAGAAUCUCUACAAACUCCUCCUCAAUCCAAAUUGCGAAGAAGGCGAUGAAUUUUGGAUAUCAUCCGAAAUGACCUCAUACUGGAGUCGAUUUGUCGACUGUGAAGAAACGGACACCUACUGCGAUUCGCGUUCGGAUGAAAUUUCCGCUUGUGAGACACCGUUCACCUACCAUAUGCUUUGGAGUAGCGGUAUCGAUCGAUACGAAUGACGAUCAAUAAUGUGUAU